CUACACGAAUCUUGUCAGAAAGGCAAGAUCAGUUUUUUCAGGCAAGAAUCUUGUAUAGAAAGAAUAGAAAAAGAAUCUUGUCUGAAAACCAAGAAAAACAAGAACCUGGAAAGAAUAGGGCAAGAUCGUCGAUUGGUGUUAUAUCUCUUUUUCUAGUUCUUAAUUGUGUUCUUUUUUGUUUCGGUAUAGCUGCCUUUAGCAUAGACGUUGUAUGAAUAGAAUACUCAGCGCAUCUAACGAUACACUAUCAAUAUUUAGAAUCACAUAUAUCAAAAAAUCUGUAUCAUUUUAGAUAAUAUUUCAGUUUCUGCUGCCAUCAUCAUCUGUCUACAACGCAUCGAAACACUGAAGGGUAUGUUUUAAUCUUUCUUCUCCACAAACUUCAUUUAGACAUGUAACACAUAGUCAGCUGCUGUUCUGGAAAUUGGGUAGUUUGGCUUCGAGAUUCCUUUUCAUAUACUACAUAUAUACCUUUCAAUACAAUCGACAAUUUCCUUCUGCUCUAUAUUCAUCUAUGUUCUCGUCUAUAUUUUAGGUACUCAAGUACUAUAGACAAUUGUUAUUGAAUUCCAUUGACUCCAAUGGCUGAACAAACCAAUGAUUCCAUAGAUACAGAAGACUUAGCAACUGUUGACGACUUGAAAGAAGAAAGUGACGAGUUAUUUCCUGCAUUAAACUGACCCGACAACAAAAUGAAUGAAAACGAUUUAUCCUCGUCUGAAGAUGAAGAUGACAAAGACAAUGAAAUAAGUCAUCAUCACAAAGAAGCAAAAGUUUUGAAAAAUGAGGACUGGUCUAUGUUUCCAAAUUUUGUUUCAUCUCUCAAGAAUCAAUUAACCAAUCGGUAUGCUCGUCGAGACGCUUACUCUUAUGAAGAAAAAUAUUUAGCCCUUCGUUGUCAAUUAAAGAAAAACAAUCUUAUCCUACGACCAGUUUAUAAAGGUAUUAGAUAUUAUUUAGAUUCGCACGAAACUUUUUCAGAAAAAGCAAACCAAUUCAUGAAACAAACCGACAUCUACUCAUUGAUUUUCAAAUUCACUUAUUAUUCUAACGGUGCAAGUCAAGAUUAUUUAACUAAAAUAGUUAAACGAAUAAAAAGAACAUUGGAAAAUUUAUAUCGUACAAACUCUAUCACUGAAAACCAAUAUAUGAAGAUGAAGAUAGAUCAGAGAUUGGUGCAAAUGAAUUAUUUAUACUUCGUCCCGGAAACGCAUAAAGUAUGCUCCAUUUCUCAUCGAUUUUUUAAAUUUAGUUAAUGUUUUUUUUUUGCCUUGGUACUUAUAGGAAGGAGAACCAAUUCGACCAAUCAUGGUUUGCAAUGAUGGACCGAUAAUGGGUAUUAGCCGUUUUCUUGCCUCUCUUUUUAAUGAAUUGUUUAGUCAGGCAACCUCUUGUCAAAAACUUAAAAAGCCUGCUGAACUGAUACAUACUUUAGAAUUUUAUCAGAAGAACGGUCAUCUUCAAGCAACGACGAAAUUCGCCUCAUUUAAUAUUGAUGAUUUAUGUAUAAGAUUUUCACAUGGAGAAGCUAUAAAUGCUUUAGAAAAUUUUCUCAAUACUUAUAUACCAGAUCAUCUGAUACUAGGUAUGACUAUUGAUACAAUUCUUCAAUUGAUAAGGGGUAGUGCAUCAGGUUCACCUUUAACAAUUCCAUUAGUUUAUAUCUACUUCUUCUAUACGGACCAAAUUAUCAUGAAUGAUUUAAUUGAUAAGAAUGAACUUUUUGUCAGAUAUCGGGACGAAGCAUUUAUUACAUGGAAUCAUUCUGAACAACAAUUAUCGUCAUUAUUUAGCAUAGCUAAAAGCAGGUUUCCAGAAGUCAAAUGGCAUAUUUCCAGCAUUGAUUACCCAAUCCAUUUUGUUGAUAUCAAAGUGGGUCAUAAUACUGGUCAUCUUUUCACAGGGGUUUACCAUCAGGAAAUGUUCUACAAUGAUUUUUUAUCAUCGGAACUUAAUCAACUUCAAAAUCCAAAUGAAAAUAUUUGGAAUUGGCUACGCAAAGCGUUAUUGAAAGCCGUACGUUAUUGUUGUGAUUCUGUCAUGUUUCACUCUGAAACAGGAGAAAUUCAAAGAGAACUACUUCGACGCGGUCAUUCCGAACAUAUCUUCGACGAAGCUUUAGAUGAAUUUUAUGAAGAUUUCGGUGUCACAGUCAUCUAUCCACCAUUUCUCACGGUGAAUUAUGAAAAACUUCGCAAACAUGUUUCGAUCUAUGAUAAGAAUCGAGCAGCUGCUAAAAAAGAAAGAAGUGAAAAUAGUUCGCAACAGCAAGAAAUUUCAUUCCAUCUACCACAUGGAACUGAUUGGGACGAUACGACUAUAGCUGAACGUGAACAUGAAUUAAAUAAACAAUUACCCAAACAUUUUGCAAACCAUCCAACAGUAAAAGAUUUUCGGGUAAAGAUCUUACAAAAGCACUACCCGUCGUUGCGCAUACAGGAUCUACUUAUGAACAAACGGCCACCGGUAGGUCAUUUGAAACGCACCGACACAAAAAAAUAAGAAUAAAGUACGUCUUUAAAAUUAUUCAUAUAAUCUCAUUGAAUCUCAUUUUAUUAAUUCUACUAGAGAAUCACAGCAGCAGUACAAGCCACUCAACCUUGCAAACUAAAAACAGACAUUUUUCCAGUUUUUUUUUCGUUUAUCAUUGUACUAUACUGCACCAUAGGAACCGUAACUAUAAUAAAUAUCAUCAUUUUCAGAACUAGAAUAAUUCCAGCAUUCCUGAAUGAAUACUACUUCCUAUCUGUGUCCUAUCUAUUGUGGAUCUAAAACGAAGCUAUGACAUCAAUGCUAUUUCACAUGUUACAAUACAUCAUGAACCUCUCCCUGCUAAAAAACUUAAUACCGGCGGUAUCAUCAUCAACAAUUACCUUUACAAAAAAAUUAUCAUACAAGAUUCAAUUCUAACAGCAACAACUUCCAAAAAAAACCAACACUGACAAAAACAAAAGAACCCAAAGCCAUUCACAACCCACAAAACUUCAAUCAAGAGUGCGUGGCUACAUAUGUUUUCCACCAAAAAACCAAAUGUACAACCAGUUCUGAUCCAACACCAAAUUUACCUAUUAAAUCAGUUUCGAGCGUCUCAAGUAUAAGAAUCAGAACAACAAGAAAACAUUCAAAAAAAAACAACAAACAAUUAAACGCAAAUCUCCACUAACAGUAAGCACUGUCAGGAUCUGCCAUCUGUAAAUAGAUGACGAUCCUUCGUUUCU